UCACACACACACACACCCUAUUCAUAAACCGUUGUGAUGCCGGAGUGGACGGCGUGUGUCGUGUAGUCUGAAUUCACACCGGAAUAUCAUGGAGCAGUAGAUUUGCGGACGGAGAUGCAUGACGCAAAGACACUCGCAGUGCCCGGCGGCCUGAACUAUGGUCGGCGGUAAACGAGCUCAGGAUCACGGAGAGACGAAUCUGACUCGUCCAUCUGGAAACCUGCGGGGAGGAAGAUGAGAAAACCCGCGAUGGCGAUGAAAACUGCCUUAUUCGUGUUUCUGCUCUAUGUGCUCCACUGUGCCGUAUGUCGCGACGUAACCCUUCCCACCGGACCCCUGUACCGCGUGGCAGGCUUUCCCCUCUCUCUGCCCUGUGUUGUGUCAGGAUACGAGGGUCCACGCACUCAGGACUUUGAGUGGUUCCUGUACAGGGACGAUUCUGGUGGGAGGCAGAUGGGAGUGGUGUCCACCAGAGACAAAGGUUUCCCAUAUGCUCCGUUCCAAGCCCGGGUGAGGAACGGGGAGGUGAGGGUGGAGAGGGACUCCGGGGAGGCAGUCCGGCUGGUGAUCCAGAGGCUCCGAGCAGAAGACCAGGGAAAUUAUGAGUGUUACACGCCCAGCACGGACACCGUCUAUCAGGGAAACUACAGCAACAUGGUAACUGUCAAAGUGAUCCCUGAUACGCUCCAGAUCAGUUACUCCCGCGCACUCACUGGGCAGCCGGUGCCAGAGGGAGCCAUGUUAACGCUGACAUGCUCGGGCAGCAUCCGAUCACAGCAGCUCACCCAUCUGUCCAUCACGUUUGGGAAACGUGGCGGUGGGGACAGUUCGGGCAGCGGCGCUGGAGGGGAGGUCAGCACCGUGAGAGAGAUUAUCUCCAUCGACAAAAUGCUGGGGAUUGUCCCCGGACAUUCGUACAAGAAGCGUUACGACGAUGGAGAGAUAACGCUGGAGAAGAGGAACGGCGAGGGCGGGCAGGGCGUCUAUGUGAUGAGGAUGAAAGCGGUGCGGCCGGAUGACAGCGGCUCAUAUUUCUGUGAGGCUUCACAGUGGAUUCUGGACCCUGAUCGAUCGUGGCAGAAGAUUGCACAGAGGAUGCUGGAUAUUGGCAACUUGACCGUUCAGCAGUUAGCCGAGUCUCUCAGCAUUACUUCCUCACCCAGAGGAGAAGUGACCUUGCAGGUCGGUUCCCCCCUCAUCCUGACCUGUGAGGUGUUGGGGCUGCCGUCGGAGGUGAACUCAGGUCUGCUGGUGCAGUGGAUGAAGAGGGGAUCUGUGAGGAGUGAUGCAGUCGUUGCCGGGGGAGUGGAGGUUGAGGUGGCGCGCAUGAGCACGGAUGGCAUUGUGAGCUGGGGAGAUGACCUCAGCAGAGCCAACGGCGGCUCUAUGGAGAAGGUGGCGGAGGGGAAGUACUCUCUGAAGCUUUUCUCAGCCCGGCCUGUGGACACGGGGGUGUAUCGGUGUGUGGUGAGCGUGUACGCUGGGAGGAGCAACCCCGGCUCGUCUACACCGGCAACACUCACUCAGAAGUCUGAGGGAGUCAUCGUCAAUCUGAAGACCAAAGACGUGGCGGUCUCAGCUGUGGCUCAGCUCCCUCGCGGUCCCCUGUUAAAAAGAGGCAACACCAUCACCCUCAUCUGCAACGCCACCGUGAAAACCACAGGUCCUGCCCAGGUCCAGGUUCAGUGGCUGCGCUGGCCAAUCCCUGAACCCGUCAUCAGGGGUUCGGUAUCCGACGGUGCUCCACCCGAUCCACCUGUGGUGGAAACCCCAAGACUGAUCGCUGCUCUCAUGCACGAUGGUGUCGUGAACAUCCACAGCAACGGCAGCGAGGUCAGCGUCGACCGCUUGUCCGCUAUCAGCUACAGACUGAGGGUCCACCAAGCGGCGAUAGAAGAUCAGGGCAUGUAUGCGUGUCACGCCGAGGUGUGGGGUCAGGAUCCACAUGGAGGCUGGUACUACACGGGAGUCAAAGCAGAGUCGAAUGCAUUGAACGUUUACCUGUAUGCCAGAGCUGGUGACCUCCUCCUUAUCCCUCUGGUCGUCGGAGUCUCUUCCGCCUUGUUCGUGGGCAUCAUCAUCAUCGCUACGGUAACCUGUUGCUUCAUGAAUCGCCUGGCAAAGCAGCGGGCUCGGAAAUAGGUCGUCCCCCUUUGCCAGUUGUCUGAAAGCUGAUUGGUCAAGAAGAGGCAAUGCGCAGGACACGAUGGAUUAAAUGGCCAAGAACUAACUUUUCAGACUGAGUAUAAAAAGUAUUUUUGUCACAGCGAUAUCUGAUUUUUUUUUUUUUUUGUGCGUGUCCUGACCUACCUGUUUAACAAUCACUGCCAAGUUGUUUCGGUUUUGUAUUUUCUUGUAUUUUAUAACCAAACCUUCUCAGAAAAACGUCACGUACCAUUAGGUGCAAUAUUUAAAUUUCUGGAGACGCCACUUUAGCCAUAACUCUCCUCUCCUUGAGUGGUUAGACUUCUUGUUUUCUGGGGGGUUAUCCCAGUGUCCGUUGUCCCAACACACCUUUCUUUUUUAACUGGAAAAAGGGUCAAAGUGCAGAGGCAAAGGUUAUUGUGACAAGGUCAGCAGUAAAGAAUGUACAGCAGGUUUGUUUAUAGUCUCUCAAAUGUGCAGAAUCUCUCACAUUCUGACUAAAGUCAUGGUUCGAUUGUUAGUGUACGAUGCUUUUUAAGUUUUAAUAGUUCAAUAGUUGUUGUUUUUUUGACGCUGUGCCCGUUGUUUCUUCCUAAAAUGUGUCGUUUCACCCCCGACGUUGUCCGUAUGAACAUGCAUGGUUGAACCACUAGCAUUGCCACUGCCAGUCACAUGAAUGCUGAUGGGAGCAGUUCAGAUCCAGAAACUUAAUACGAGCAGGGACCUUUUACGCCACUCGCAGUCCAGCACCACGCUGCAUGUAAACAGAGUCUCUCUGUUGCUUAAUAAGGAAGACGCUGGCCGGGGACUUUGUUUUGCCAAGAACAAUUAAGAAGUAAUUCUAAACACAAGCGUUCCUCGUCUGUGACCCUUCAAGGUGGAGUGUUGUCUAUAUUACAGACUUGUAUAGAUUUGACAAAAAAGGAAAAAUGGAAUAGAUGUCCAUGAUGCACUGACUGAAGUUUA